AUGAUCAUGCCCAACCUUAGUGCCAUGAACUUCCCCAACCAAACAGUUUAUACCGCCAGUACUUCUCAAACAACGGCCGUGCCCAACGCCACCAACACCAACACCAACACCAACUACAUCCCUGACUUCUCGCCAGCCGUCCUCUCGGCCUUCACCUUCAAUCCAAACUUGGCUUCCAUCCCUCCGACCUUGCAAGACAUGCCCAUGCCCAUGGCCAUGUCCAACCACAGCAACAUGACCCCAUUCCCUUACACGACCUCCAACUAUCCUCCAACCAACAACGGCCAACUCCUGGCUAACGAAUUUAUUGCCCAAUGGCAAGGGAACCACAUCAACAGACCCGGCCACAACAACAACUUGACCACAUAUGACGGUUCCAAUGCUCCUUCUCCUUUGGAUUUGAGCCUCAUAGCCAACAGUGGUAUUACCUGGCCCAAUAUGCCCCAGCUCACUCAAGCCUACACAGGUCAGUUCCCAACGACAGCCAACGGCAACGGAUAUCAAGCCUUCGACAUCAACUGCCUCCCUCUCUCCAGCCUUCCUGUCGACCACCACCAACACCAACAGCAAGACAUGUCGUGUCUUAACCCCUCAGGCUUCGGAACCCACAGUGCCAAUGGUGGGCAGAGCAAUGAAACUCUUGUUGCUCCUUAUGCGAGCAGCGACCUCGGACCCAGCAGCCUUUUUCAUCAGCAGCAACAGCAGCAGCAGCAGCACCAACAGCAAAAGACGCCUAUUCUGGCUUCGCAACGGACGUCUAAUUUGACCUCGCAGCAGCUCAUGCUGCCACCACAUCUACAGCAGCAGUUGUACUAUCCCCCGACGAUGACUGUUGACAAUAACAGCAACAGCAACAAUAACAACUCGAUCCACCUUUUUGAUUCGACUUCCUCUUCCUCUCCCGCUAUUGCUCAACACAACCUCCAUCACCAACGACACCCCCACCAGCAACAACAGCCCCACAAACCGCCAGAGAUGCACCACUACUACGAAGCUGUGCAUACGCGUCUACAGGAGCAAGAAUGGCAGCGCCAGCAACAUGAACAGGAACAGUUGCACCUUAAGCUGCAGCAACUUGAGUCCCAAAUGGUCCACAGUCAAGGCAAUAUUGCUACCUCCACCUUCACCUCCACGGUUCCCGUUCUUUCCAGUCAGGAUGCCUCUUCUUCCUCGGCUUACGCCCCUCCUCCUCUUCCUCCUCCCAACCAAGUUUCUGCCUACGACCCCCAUUCCUGGCAACUCAACCCCAACGGCGCCCUCACCGUCCCUGUCUCGUCCGGCAGCCCUUCUUCGCCCGUGGCAGAUCUGUCUUCACACCCUUCGAGCGCCGGUGUGAGUACUCCUCAAGCAAACAUGGUUCUCGGAUCCAACCACCCUCAAAAGACCUCUGCCGGUGGCGGUGACAUUUCAGAUGGGAGUAUCCCGCUGGUUGAACAGCAGCUCUUGACUACCGCGAUGGAUGUGAGGGACUUUCAGUUCCAUUUUCAAGAAUUGAAGCAGACCCUGAAUCAACAGCUGUUCCAAGAGCAAUUGGAUGAUCUUUUGAUGGAACAAGCCCAGGCUCUGGCCCGGUCCCAUCCUCAGGCUCCAUCUCAGACUCUGGUUCCAGCUCAGACUCAAGCUCAAGCUCAGGUUCAGGCUCAAGUCGCGUCCUCUCAAGAAUGCCCCAAGAACGGCAACUCUCCCAUUGGCGAGUCCGACGUCGGUACCAGGCCGACUCUGUACCCCGGUGCCAUCCACCAAGAGCAGCUGCGAAACUAUCGUGGCUACCGGCAUUACAGUUACGACAAGAACGGUGCCCCUCAACCCGUCCUGAACAACCAGGGAGGGAAUGGCUUUUCGGCAUCGUCGUCUUCUUCGUUGGGUUCUUCGUCGUCUACUCAGCAGCAGCAAACUGCAGUCGGUCAUCAGCAGCAGCCUGCGAUUAGACAGCAGCAGCAAUCUGCGGUUGGUCAAAAGCAGCUUGCAGUUGGUUUUCCUUUUCCUCAGGUGGAUUCGAGUCAUAGUAGCCUUAGCAUUGGCCCUGGAACUCUGCAGUCUUUGACUCAGGCACAGAUGCACAUCCCUGUUCUUCAGGUGAAUGCAAGUCAUGGCAGUCCAAGUGAUGGCUCAGGCAUUGGCAAUUCCUCGGCGAUACAGAUACAAGCCCCUCCUCUCCAAGUGGACACAAGUCAAGGCAGCCUUGAAACUGGUACUGCCACUGGCACUAUCACUCCUCAAUCCUCGUUGGCGGCUCAGGCGUACAUCCAACUUCCCCUUACUACUGCCUCUUCUGCUUCUGCUUCUGCCUCUGCAACCUCGUCUAUCGUCGGUACCCCUACCGAAUUCAACAACCUCCAAUCGUCAUCUAACCUCCCCACCGGCAACAACAGCAGCAGCGAGCAACAGCAACUGUUGAAUAACGACAACAGCGACAAUACUGCCCUCAACAUUGUUGGAACCAACAACCACCGACCCACUCACUUCCCCCCACCCUUCCUCCAAAAUCAAAACAUCUACUACGGCUUUUCUUUCGAACCUGUGGAGUGCUUCGCCAGGCAAGCGUCUUGGCCUUCUAUCGUCUCUGGUGACCCCUUGAAUGCCACUGGUACCGCUAACAGGGCAGCAGACCAGGAAGUGAAGGAGUUUUUGGACAGUGUGGCUGGGGAUAUCAAGUAUGAGACGGCACAGUUGGAGCUUUAUGGGGGUAUGUCAAUCCCAGACGCGUUAUUGUCCUCGAAGGUCUACCCACGAUUGGAUUUGACGACCGGCAUUAGUGGUACUGGCCCUGGCGGUGAUGGUAGUGGUGUGAUUGAUUCCAAGGUCCAGCAGAGGGAUGAUGUCGUGGUAGUUGUUAAGCGCGAGAAGAAGCCGAUGUUGGAUGUGGACUUUGAAGCCUCUGCUACCACAACCACCGCCGCCAACGGCGAUGAGGAGAAUGGAGGUGAUAGGGAGAGUACAGUGAUUCCUAUCACUGUCCGGCGGGCCGCUGCCGUAGCCGCCCGUGCUGCUGCCAUUGCUGCCCGAGAGAGUACCAUCAACGACUACAUCAAUCUAAAUGCCGACGCCCAGGGUGGCAACAAGAACGGCCAUGGACACAACCGCAGAUCUCGCGACCAUGUCGUUGCCGGUCAAGGCGGCAAUGCCGCUGUCGAUCAAGGUAACAACAGCAACAGAAGCAACAGGUCCGAACACCCCCACGGCCACCACUACCACCACGACCACCACCACGGAUCCGCCGCCGACGUCAACGAUGCUGUCGAUGAGGAAUCUAUCCCCCUUCCUCCUCCCUCUCCCACUCUUCCACUUCCUGCCAGACCCGUUCCAAUUAUUCCCGCACCGCGCCAAAACACCCGCAGCCGCAUCCCCAAAACGGGCGGCGCCCUCCAAAACACCUCCUCCUUUACUCCAGAACCAACCGUCUUCAAAUGUGAAAUCCCGCACUGCGAAAAAGAAUUCUCGACCUACGGCCUCCUCAAAUCCCACAAAGUCUCGCACGAUCCUGAAAAACCACAUUGGUGCGAUAUCUGCUCCGAGGACGGAAUCACACCCCGACUCGCUGAUCCAACCCCACUCUUCCCAGGGAUGCCGAUCCCUAUCCCGGAGGUCAAGAAGUAUAAGAGGCACCAUGAUCUGUUGAGACAUAAGAGGGAGCAGCAUCCGCCGUUGGCGGUCAAGAUCCAGAGGUUUCAGGAAAAAUUGGAGGCAAAAGAGGCGAGGAGAGUCAAGGCGGAGGAGGUGAAGAAGGUCAAGGCGGCAUUGAGGAGGGCAGAGAAGGCGGUGGCGGCGGCUCAGGCUGUUAAUCCUACUGCCGCCUCGCGUCGUCGUACUUCUUUUGUGGCCACUGCUACGACUGCUGCCUCGCGUCGGCGUACUUUGUCGGGGACUAUUACAACUGGCGCACCUCGAGGUCGUCGUGCAUCUUCUACAAUUGCCGCUUUUGCAACAGCCGAAACUGCACCUGCUGUUACUGCACACGCCGUUCCAGAACCUCCCAAGACCCCCCGAAAGCGCAAGCUGACAGAAACCAAGCGCUCAGCCACCGACGACGGCGAUGAUGAGGACGAAGCCGUCAAUGACAACGACACUGAUUCGGACUACCAGGAGAACACAAAGAAGCGUCGUCGCUCCAAGACCUCAUCCACCUCUCGCACCACCCCUGCCACACCCAGACGCAGACGGUCAAGUGCCAGACAGACUCAACCCCAGCCCCAGCUGCCGCAUCAGGAGAAUGACCUAGCUAACAGUGCCAGUAGCAGCAGUACCGUCGUUAACCUUGUAGAUGCUAUCCAAAUCCAAGGUCCAGGAAAGAACCAGCGCCACCAAUAG